AUGGCACUUUCCAGGCAGCCAUUUAUAUAUAAACCCGUCAACUCGUCAGCUGAGCCAGCUCUUCAUCAUCUCUCAUCCCAACAGAGAACCAUUUCAGCCUCUAGUGCCGUGAUGAAAACCAGAUUUUUGAUACUCUCGGAUACCCAUGCAACGGCAUACACGGCUCCGAAAACAUACGCUGAUGUGGCCCUCCAUGGUGGUGACCUUACCGAGAGUUCUACGCUGGAUGAGUACCGAUCAGCCGUGAAGCUUUUAAAGGAAGUGAACGCUCCUCUCAAGCUUGCUAUUGCUGGGAAUCACGAUUUCACUCUCGAUAUACCAUUGUACAAGUCGAGAAUGGAUCAAGCACCACCAGAACGACGAGAGCGGCUGAUAGAGGAGUACGGUGACUUUGGCGAAGCAAGACACCUCUUUGAAGAGGCUGGUAUUAUUAUUCUAGAUGAGGGAACCCAUCACUUUAGUUUGGAGAAUGGUGCCUCACUAUCCAUAUAUGCUAGCCCAUACACUCCUUCGUUCGGGAGCUGGGGAUUUCAGUAUACGCGGGAACAAGGACACGAAUUCAAUAUUAAGGGAGUUGACAUCGCUAUGACCCACGGACCACCAAGAGGGAUACUGGAUGAAACUAUUUUCCAUGACGAGGCGGGGUGUACAACCCUUCUUAGAGCUAUUUCCCAGGCGAGGCCAAAGGUACACUGCUUUGGACAUAUACACGAGGCAUGGGGAGCAAAACUGAUUACCUGGCAAAAUACGGGGUUUUCCGCCCCUGUUGACAAGGAAAAUUCUGUUUUAGUAAACAGUUUAACCGGGGCAAAGGAAUCGGAGGAGCUUAUGAACAAGCUGAAGGCACGCCAGCUCGAAGGAUACUAUGCUACCAGCCAUUGCACAGAUGAUCCUACCCCAAUUCAGCCGGGGCAACAAACUCUCGUCAUAAAUGCAUCCAUAAAAGGACAUGGAUGGAAUAACUACCAAUUGCCGUGGCUGGUGGAUAUAGAAUUACCAAGGACAGAUUAA